GCUGAUUUGUGAGGUACGACCGUCUUUAAACACGUCCUGACUGAUACCGGCGACAACCGUUAAGGAUGAGGUCCCCGUCUUGCGCGUUGCUGCUCAUGGUUAUGAUUGGAGCUACGAGAGCCAUGAUAGACCCUGCGCUGGAUAACCACUGGCAGCUCUGGAAGGAAGCCUACGGCAAGGAAUACGACAAUCUGAGAGAGGACCUCAGCAGAAGGGUGACAUGGGAGAAGAACCUUAAAUUGGUCACGUUGCAUAACCUUGAGCACUCCUUGGGGAUGCAUUCCUACGAGCUGGGCAUGAACCACCUCGGAGACAUGACCAGUGAGGAGGUGAUGGCCACCUUGACCGGCCUAGUGGUACCACCACAAAGCGAGCGGCUGAGCUCUUCUGGAAACAAGUGGAACAGCACUCGGCGAACCAGCCUGCCGGAUUCUGUGGACUGGAGAGAGAGAGGAUUAGUUACAAAUGUUAAAAACCAGGGUGGAUGCGGUUCUUGUUGGGCCUUCAGUGCGGUGGGGGCAUUAGAGGGCCAAAUGAAACUUAAAACGGGUAACCUGGUGUCUCUAAGUCCCCAAAACCUAGUCGACUGCUCCAGAAAAUAUGGUAAUAAGGGAUGCAGCGGAGGCUACAUGACACAGGCUUUUCAGUACGUUAUUGACAACCAAGGCAUUGAUUCCGACAGUUCCUAUCCUUAUAGUGCCAUGGAUCAACAGUGUCGUUAUGACCCGGCUGGCAAAGCGUCCACCUGCGUAAAAUACACAGAAGUACAACCGGGCACAGAGGAUAACCUGAAACAAGUCGUGGCUACUGUUGGCCCCGUGUCGGUCGCCAUAGAUGGAACCCGACCUUCUUUUUUUCUCUAUAAAAGUGGUGUCUACGAUGAUCCAUCAUGUACUAAAAAUGUAAAUCACGGCGUUCUUGUGGUGGGCUACGGAAAUCUCAAUGGAAAGGACUUUUGGCUAGUGAAAAACAGCUGGGGAGAGAAAUAUGGAGACCAAGGAUAUGUCCGCAUUGCAAGGAACCAGGGGAAUCUAUGUGCAAUUGCAAGUUAUCCAUCUUAUCCAGAACUGUGAAGAUAUUUAAAGCUUAGAACCGUGUCAUAGGAUACAACUGGAAGAUGUGUAUCUAGAACGUUAUAUUCCUCUUGCCUUACCUACCUACCCAAGGCUAUAUAAGUGCUAAUAUAGAUAUAUAUAUAUAUAUAUAUAUAUAUAUAUAAAAUAUAUAUGCUUCCUGCUUGUCGAUGAAAAAAGGUGACCCAGUGACCCAAACUGAUAAGCCCACAGUGUAUACGAGGGUCCCCAAUUGUCUACUCCUUGACUCCCCAAUCGUCUACCCCUUAACUCCCCAAUCGUCUACCCCUUGACUCCCCAAUCGUCUACCCCUUGACUCCCCAACCGUCUACCCCUUGACUCCCCAACCGUCUACUCCUUGACUCCCCAACCGUCUACUCCUUGACUCCCCAACCGUCUACUCCUUGACUCCCCAACCGUCUACUCCUUGACUCC